AUGUGGAUCUGCGGGAAAACAGACGGUCCUCUCGAGGCCAUUACGCCCUUCACGCCGGCCGCAGACCUUUUUGGGGUCGCACUAUCCAUAUUUACCUUACCGAACGAUCAGUAUAUUGUCUCGCAGCAGCAAAGUAAUUUCCUCACUGCCAUCUCGAGUCAUGAAAUCUAUCGCGAGUACAGCAUAUCGUGGAGCGGAGUGGAUCUCGGGCUCGUGCGAGACGCCAUCCGCGGCCCUGUUAAGGUCUGCAGCUGGCGACCUGUGUACAGUGCAAAAUCCUACCCCAAACAACGCAGACUUCCUCCAUUUCUACAUUAUUCUGUCUCCACACAAAUGGCUCCCGCAAAAAAGCUAGGUUCUCCAGUCGAAUUACCAGACUGUAGGCGGACAGUUCUCCCCAAGAAGCUCUUGCCAUCCGUGUCUUUCCAUGAUGAUCCCGCACGGCCCGAGUUCGUUAAACAUGGGUCCCCAUAUGACCAGGUGGAUAGAGUCUUUUUUGGGCUGAACCCUCCUUGGAAUAACGUCCAUGCCAUUGAAUUCAAGGAUGGGUUUCCUGUUGGCUUCCUCAUUCACCAAAAGGUUGAAUCAAAGAACAUCCCCCUGGAUCGCAUCAGACAGGUUUCACAUAAAAAUGUGUUGAGCCUCGAGGAAGUAUAUUUUCUAAAAGGAAAUAUUUACUUUCUCUAUAACCAGUGGGGAAUCACUCUAAACGAGAUCAGACAGCUAUCUCCAGUCUUUAACCUCAGCGAGGUUGAGGUUGCUGUUAUCUGCAAAGCUGGGUUGAUCUAUAUCCACGAGGAUUUGGACACCUGUUAUGGAGACCUUACAUUGUCCAAUGUUCUUAUUACUGAUCAGGGUGACGUGAAGAUCGCGGGUAUUGGCAAUAGCCUACUUCAGAAACCCAAUCCUCUGGGUAAAGCUAGAGACGUUCAGGCGGUCUGUCGUAUGGCUCAGAAUCUUCUUACGCCUGAGAAAGACGUCAACGUACGCGGCACAACAGGACUUCUUGCUCAAGAUUUCGCUGGUGCUCCACCAACAGCAACGGCAAAGGGCCUUCUUCAGGCCUCAGAUAAGGUAGAAAAAGUCACGUCUCUCCACCGAAGCGAUACAACCUAUACAAUUGAAACACGCUAUACACACAUGCUUCUUGAGGAUAUUCCAUGGUUCUACAAUGUACUCGCUGGUGCUGCGCAUUGGGCAUUACUCGCUGGAUACUUAGUAGUCCCUGGCACUUUUACUUCACUGCAGCGAUCCCAUUCUUUAAAGGAAGACUUGGAGAAGACAGAAGCUGGUCAGGUCAUUCUCAAUACCAUUCAGAAUCCUCCGUUGCUCGCGAUUGCGUGCUUUUUCAUGGUACUUGGUGCUGUGCUCAUGGCCUGGCUUUCAUGGGAGCGAAGAAGCAACUAUAUAUGGCUUAUUAACAAAUUAUUCGUUCCAACUUUUCUCAAUGCGUUAGCUGGAUUGAUCACAACGCUCGUCAAUGUCUAUACUGCACGGGAGGGCGAGUGGUCAAUCAUGGCCGUUCUGACAACCAUCGUCACGGGACUUUCUGUCUCCGGCUCCCUGGCGCUUCUCAUCAUCUACCAAUUCGGGAAGCUUGAAAGUGUCAAGAAGGAACAUGAAAUGGAGAUCAAGGCUGGCUUCCAGAGGGUCAGCCCAGGAUUCCAAGGAAGCUCCUGA